AGGGAAGCUCCUUCGGGUCCCCGGUGUUAGACGUAAAGGAGAUUGGCCGCUAGUGCUUAGCACCGAAAUUCUCCGAGCUCGCCGAGACACGAGCGGUUUGUGGCGUUGGGAGGGGGAAAAAAGUCGCACGGUAUCCAGUGAAAAGUGACAGAGGGUGGUGGCGUUUGGAGCCGUCGGCAAGUCUGCUGCCUGGAACCCGAGACUUGCAUGCAAUGGAACACCCGCUCUUUGGCUGCCUGCGCAGCCCUCACGCCACCGCGCAAGGCUUGCACCCAUUCUCCCAGUCCUCCCUCGCCCUCCAUGGAAGAUCCGAUCAUAUGUCCUACCCCGAGCUCUCCACUUCUUCCUCGUCUUGCAUAAUCGCAGGAUACCCCAACGAGGAGGGCAUGUUUGCCAGCCAGCAUCACAGGGGGCACCACCACCACCACCAUCACCACCAUCACCACCACCAGCAGCAGCAGCACCAAGCGCUGCAGACCAACUGGCACCUCCCGCAGAUGUCCUCCCCCCCGAGCGCAGCUCGCCACAGCCUCUGCCUGCAGCCGGACUCGGGAGGGCCCCCGGAACUGGGGAGCAGCCCGCCGGUCCUGUGUUCCAAUUCUUCCAGCUUGGGUUCCAGUACCCCCUCCGGGGCUACGUGCGCGCCAGGGGACUACGGCCGCCAGGCGCUGUCACCCGCCGAGGCGGAGAAGAGAAGUGGCGGCAAGAGGAAAAGCGACAGCUCGGACUCCCAGGAAGGAAACUACAAGUCAGAAGUGAAUAGCAAACCCAGAAAGGAAAGGACAGCUUUUACCAAAGAGCAAAUCAGAGAACUUGAAGCUGAGUUUGCCCAUCAUAAUUACCUGACUAGACUGCGACGCUAUGAGAUAGCAGUGAAUCUGGAUCUCACCGAAAGACAGGUGAAAGUCUGGUUCCAGAAUAGGCGAAUGAAGUGGAAGAGAGUGAAAGGAGGACAGCAAGGAGCUGCAGCCCGAGAAAAGGAACUGGUGAAUGUGAAAAAAGGAACCCUGCUCCCGUCAGAGCUUUCAGGAAUUGGUGCAGCCACCCUCCAGCAAACGGGGGACUCUCUAGCAAAUGAAGACAGCCACGACAGUGACCACAGUUCAGAGCAUGCACACUUAUGAUAAAUAGAGAAGAUAAGCUCCAUUCUCAGGAAAGAAGUAUUGUGAUGGCAAGCCUUACUCAAACAUCGUUUACAGAGAGAGAUGACUAUGACAGUAAUUUUUAAUAUUAUUAAAUCCAGGCAUCUCCAGUCUAUUUUCAAUGAGUUCUAGGGGGUUUACACUAAGUGCCACUAUUAAAGAUACCUUUACAGCGAAGAUGGAGGUGAUCUUGCUCUGAUCACUUUUGGGAUGUAUUUGUUGUGUGUAUGACAGCAAGUAUGUGUUUGCUUUUGCUUGCACUGAAAGUUAAUUUUCUAUCAAGAACAAACCAUGAGACAUUUGUAUUCAAGAUGCUUCCAGAAUGAAGAAUCGGAAGAUGAAUUUGCAGAUAACAUUCCAGAUGUACGAGGUCAUGAGUAUGAAGUGGGCAGGUAUUUUGCUUUUGCUUGCACUGACAAAUUGCUUUCUAGAAUAAACCAUGAAACAUUUUAUUCUAAACAGCCAGAGUGCCUGAAAUCACUCUUUAAGUGGAUAAAAAAAAUGUAUUUUAACUCUGUAUAUAUUACCCUUAAAUCAUUUUCCUGUCUUCACUAUGUUUAGCAAUGCAUUCAUAUUAGCUGAUGAAAAUAGGCAAUCACGAUGACAACCAGAAUCAACUUCUUGUAUUUUUAUACAUUUUGUCAUCCCAGAAACAAUCAACACAUUCUUCCUUGUGUUCAAGUAGAAAAAAGUACUUUAGAGUCUGAUAGGACAUAUUGUACCACAGACAAAACAAAUCUUAUGUUGCAUUUUCUAUCAACUGCUGCUAAUACAUUAUUAUAAAACUUACCUAGCUCCUCAAUUCUUCCUCUCUUAUAGCUUGAAAAAAAUUAGGAUCAUAAACAAGUCAGUUACCUUGCAGAAGUUUUUUUUUUAUAUUUUAAAAACUCAUCUGGUUUUUAUUCCUAUAAAAUGAUAGCUGUUGAAAAUACAUUUUAAUUAACAAGGAAGUGUUUUCCCCUUGUAUUGCAAUAAUGUUAAACAAGUGUCAAAAUAAAAUUGAUUCCUUAAGCCGGUAGAUAAUACAAAUUUUGAAUGUGUUCAAAUUAAAUUCAGUGCAUAUAUAUUUUUUCAUACAUGAUGUAUCACACAGAACAACAAUCUUUGUAUCUUGUAAAAAGAAAUGUGUUUAAUAAAUGAUCCUUUGUAAAUAAUUCUGGCUUCUCUUACUGCAAUUUCCUAAAUGCCCUACGUAUUUUAGUAUAAAUACUUUAAAAAGUACCAAAUGUAUCUGCAAUUUGGGAAUCCAAUGACCAUAAUG